ACUCCUUACCCGCACCACUCACCGCUUCUCCCACCUCCCCCUCCGCCGCAAUGGCAGGGGAAAGCACGGCAGCCACCUCUUCGCUCGCAUGCGCACCCUCCCGGCGCCGGCAGACGCACAGUCCUACCCACCCCGCCAGCCGCCCCGCGUCCCGAACAAACUCUACCCUCAGACUGGGAGGGUCAUAUGGGCGGUGAUAAGCUGGAGGUUGCGCGGGGAGGCGGAUCCCGGAGCCGCCGUGCCUGCCGCCAUUGGCGGCGAGGUAAGGGGUUAAUACCUAUAUGGCCAAAUCUGAAUCUACCACCUGCCGGUCUUUUGAAAAAUCUGCUAGUACAUGCUGCUUCUGCGCUUCUGCUUGUGUGUUCCCCACUUGCCCUUGCUGGCUGAAUUGCAGGAAAUAAUGGAUGCUAAAUUGGUAUUUACUAUGCUGAUCAUCUACUGUCCUGUUUUUUACUACGUAGUACUGUAUCUCGGUAGACCGGGCUUGAUGUUUGGUUAUUGUUUGGGUUCAGGCAUCGGCUGAACUUGGUGAAUCCAAACCACUUGACGAGAAGAUAAGUACUACCACUCGCAGGCCUGCAUACUUUCAUCUGAACUUCAGAUGGCUUGUCACCUGUCAGGUGAUGAAGUCAGUCAAUCAUACCCAUGAGCAAUGGUCUGCAUGAUAAUAUUUCAUGUUCGGUUUAGAUACCAAUGCAUGAUAAUAUUGCUUGAAGCAUCCACUUGACUUCAGGAAAGGAAAUGAGAUGGAAAGGGGGAGAUUAUAACAGGGAAUAUGGCCGUGCUCAUUGUUAAUGGGACAAAAUCUCUCUCUUUGACCAUGGGGGAGUUCCCAACUACAAGUCCACAUCAGCACAUCUUAGCUGAAGCCUGAGGCAGGCUUGUGUGGCUGUGUGUCUGGAAUAGAAACUAGACCACAAUGAGACGAGAAAGCGACAUUGCCCUACAUGAAGAGAAAAUUAGCGUGCACCACGGUACCAGAGAACCACGGGCAAGUGUUUCCUAGUGGCUACUGUUCUCAGUCUUCGCCUCGGUUUCCUGAGAAACAUGUUGAUAAAUAGGCGAUGGAGCCUAGCAUUUCUUUCCGAAGACCGAUGGCGGAGUUGCUUCCCUUUCCUCUCCUGCCACGGCUCCUCCUCCCCCUCCUCAUAUGUUUCUCUCCAUUCUUUGUUCAUUCUAUGGAAUCGAGCACCUCCGGGUGCUCAAGUUCCAACAUCUCUAUCCCUUAUCCUUUUGGUGUCCAUGGCCAGAGCCCCUCCCCAGCUCAAGGGUUCGAGAUCAAUUGUACUUCAUCUGGUCCUAGGCUUCCCAUUGGCAACAACUCAAUCAGUAUUCUCAACAUCUCCUUGCUGGAUGGUUAUGUCAGCAUCUUAGCUAGUGCCGCUUCCCGUUCCCGGCAGUGUGGAGGGAACUAUGCCAGCUUUAGCUUUAGCCUUGAGGGGACAAACUUCACCUUCUCCGAUACAAGGAACAAGUUCACCGCUGUCGGCUGUAAUAUGGUGGCCAUGCUGUUGAAUGGUACCACAGCUUACAGCGGUGGCUGCGCAUCUUUUUGCUCUACAAAAAAUAGCAUCGUCGAUGGUGCUUGCUCUGGUGUGGCUUGCUGCCAAGCACCGGUGCCAAAGGGUUUGAAGAAUCCGUCUUUAGAGUUCACGAACAUAACUACCAGCCUCAGCAAGGAUACUUCAGGAUGUGCUGAGGCGUUCAUCGUGGAGCAGAACGCCUAUGUUUUCGCUGCUGCUGACCUGAACAACUCAAAUAAUAGCCCUCCUCGAUACCGGCAUGUCGUUCUUGAGUGGUCCAUAGAUGGUGGCAGCUGUGAGGAGGCAAACCGCUCUGCAUCAUAUGCGUGCAAGGAGAAUUCCUACUGCUAUAACUCGUCCAAUGGAAUUGGAUAUCGCUGCAAUUGUACCGAAGGAUUUGAGGGAAACCCAUACCUGCAAGGGCCUGGUGGAUGCCAAGAUAUCGAUGAGUGCUCCACUGGAAAGCCAUGCACGCAUACCUGCAUCAACACGAAGGGCAGUUUCAACUGUGUGUGCCCAUCGGGGAUGAAUGGUGACGGCCGAAAGGAGGGAAGUGGCUGCAGUGGAAUUGGCACGCUGCAGAUUUCAAUAGUUGUUGGGCUAGCUCUGCUACUGCUUCUCCUUCUUCUCAGUUUCUGGACUCACUGUCUUGUUAAGAGGAGAAAGCUUGCGAAGAAAAGACAGAGAUAUUUUAUGCAGAAUGGUGGCAUGUUACUGAAGCAGCAGAUGCUUUCUCGGAGGGCACCACUGCGGAUAUUUACCUCAGGUGAGCUUGACAAGGCAACCAACAAAUUCAGUGAUAACAAUAUUGUUGGUAGAGGUGGAUUCGGGACUGUUUACAAAGGUGUACUAUCAGAUCAAUUGGUUGUAGCAGUCAAAAGGUCGCAGCGAGUUGAUCAGAGCCAGGUGGAACAGUUCGUCAAUGAGCUGGUCAUUCUUUCACAAGUAACCCACAAGAACGUGGUUCAGUUACUAGGCUGCUGUCUUGAGGCAGAAGUUCCCUUAUUGGUCUAUGAAUUUAUCACCAAUGGGGCCCUUUUUCAUCAUCUCCACAAUACGUCAAUCCCGAUGUCGUGGGAGGAUCGCCUGAGGAUUGCAGUUGAAACCGCAUCGGCACUUGCAUACUUGCACCUGGCUCCAAAGACGCCUAUCGUCCACAGAGAUGUGAAGUCAUCAAACAUACUUCUUGACACGAGCUUCACCGCAAAGGUGUCCGAUUUCGGCGCGUCAAGGCCACUACCCCCCAAUCAGACCCAUGUAACGACCUUAGUGCAGGGCACACUAGGAUACAUGGACCCUGAGUACUUCCAGACAAGCCAGCUGACCGAGAAAAGCGACGUCUACAGCUUCGGGGUGGUGCUCAUCGAGCUACUGACGAGGGAGAAACCAAUUUCUGGCAGUCAGAUGGACGAGGUGAGAAGCCUAGCGAUGCACUUUAGCACGUUGUUCCAUCAGAACCAGCUGCUGAAGAUUGUAGACUCUCAAGUGGCCGAGGAAGCUGGAACGAGACACGUUAAAACGGUCGCGCAGCUGGCUUUGCGAUGCUUGAGGCUGAGAGGUGAAGAGAGGCCGAGGAUGAUCGAGGUUGCGGUCGAGCUUGAAGCUCUGAGAAGGCUGAUGAAACAACACUCUGUCCUGAAGAGUGAAGAAGAAGAGCCUCUGCUUCCUCUGCUACGGGACUUGAGUUGCCGCGGGGAGAUGAAUUUCGACUCGCAGUCGAGUUCCAGCCAUGAUGGAAUUGCCAAGGAUGAAAGCAUGGAGCUCAUUCUACUCCCAUCCAGCGACCUUUCAUGUUAGGUCUUUCAUACUAGUAAUGAUCUGUUCCAUUUGUGGUUUAGCUGCCAGUGAGGCAGAAACCCAGAGUAGGGUUAUUAUAUCAGGAAGUGUUGGUUGGUUUAUCCUUUUCUUUUUCGUAUCUCUGUUCAGCCCUACUUUUCGACCCGUUUGUACAUCAAGAAAUGGCCGCUAAAUUUUUCCCAUUUGGAUUUCACCAAAACUUCAGAUACAAAUCGUAAUCGCAUUUGCAUU